CUCUUGGUGGCCCCAGGCUGCUGUGGAAGUGUUGCUCAGUCUCUGAGGCUGCAGGAACCUGUGCCUCGGGCAGUGCAGAUGGAGCUGGGUGGACAAGGACCCCACCUCCCCAUCCAUGCAGGUAGCAGGAGCAGAAAGGCAGCUGUGGUCAGGGAGAGGAGCUCUACCUAGGAGCUGAGCAAGCUAGAACUCAUGAGGACACAUCUGGAGAGUCCAAACUGCACUGCCCAAAAGGCCGGCCAGGUUGGGAAUCCCACCUUGCCCUCAUCCGUGCCCUGGUCAUGCAGGUGAAAGAGCUGUCCUGCACCUCCUGCUUCAUCAUCUUCUUUGUGGUGCCUUCUGUAAAUCCCAUCAUGACUUGAAAGAGACGGAUGGAGAGCUCCCACACAGUGUCUCACUCCUUGGGGUGGAAGGGAGAGUGUGAAGAUGGACAUCCCCAAAACAGCCUUGGGCAGCCCUGCUCCAGAAGGGAGCGGAGCUGCAGCAGUGCAGGUCUGCCCAGUGGGGCUGGUCCCUGGGGCUGGAGGCCCUGCGGAGGGCUGGGCAGCUCAGGGUAGGGUGUUCCGCCGUCCUGCCACGGCCAAGGGUGGGUGGGUCCGUGCGGGAAUUUGGGAGCAGCCCAGAGCCGAGGGGGCAGCGCGGGGCCGGGGCGCGCACGGGGCGUCCUCCGGCCGGCAGAGGGCGCGGGUGCGGCGGGACGGGCGGAGGAAGUGACGGCGGCGGCGGGGCCGGAGAGCGUGAGAAGAAUGGGUUCCGUGUCAGAGGAGCUCAGCUUGGUCCCCUUGCACCAGAGGCCGGAGCUGCUGGAAGCCUGUGCCAAGCUGCUGGGCGAGGAGUGGGGGAAGAGCCGGGCAUCGCGGCUCCACACACUGCAGCGCUCCUCGGAUGCCUUUCCCACCUGCCUGCUGCUGAUCCGGAGCCGGGGCCCCAGCCAGACCCCUGCUGCCCGGGAGGGGCCCUGCGAGCUCGUGGGCCAUGUCCGACUGUCCCGCGUGGUUGGCCGCCCCCAUGACCUCUUUGUGGAGAGCGUAGUGGUGGCCCGGGCGCUGCGGGGCCAGGGCUAUGGGCGGCGGCUGAUGGAGGCCACCGAGCAGUGGGCCCGGGCCCGGGGCUUUCGCUGCCUGCACCUCACCACCCACGACAAGCAGCAUUUCUAUGCCCACCUGGGCUUUGUCCUGGGGGAGCCUGUGCAGAGUGUGGCCUUUCUCAGCCCAGCUAUAUCUUCUGAGGUGCUGCGGCUUUUCUCUGCCCCCUCCGGGGCUGCCACCACCACCAGGCCAUGGGUACCCACUGCCCCCCCGCCUCCCCGCCCGCCCCUCACUGUCCCCCCACCGCCUCCCCCACCGACUGUCAUCUGGGCGAGGGGUGUCCUGGCUGAGAGCAGCGAGCAGAGCCUCCUGGAAUCCCCACACCGUGAUGCCAAAGGGCUCCCCAUCUUCUGGAUGAAGAAGGACAUCCGAGGGGCUGGGGCCCCAAGCCAGUGAUUAAAAGCAGUGUGGGCAGGAGCUGCCCGCUGCAGCACUG